GUGUAGGAAUGAUCUGGUGCUUCUCUAAUCUCCUUUUUUUCUCUUGUUUUCCGGUAUUGUCGCCGAGCUCUGCAACAAAAAAGAAUCUCUUUUCCGUAGCAAACGAAGAGAUCAAAGCUUAUAGCUUUAAUGGUGGAUUUGUUGAGGUUCUCAAAAGGCAUGGGGAACCUUUAUGUACAAACUGUUCCUCCUCCUGAUCUCAAUAAGAACACAGAAUGGUUCAUGUAUCCUGGCGUUUGGACCACCUAUAUUUUGAUCAUUUUCUUUUCAUGGCUCGUUGUGUUAUCAGUGUUUGGAUGCUCUCCUGGAAUGGCCUGGACCAUUGUGAAUCUCGGCCAUUUUAUGGUCACAUAUCACUGUUUUCAUUGGAAGAAGGGAACUCCUUUUGCCGAAGACCAGGGCGUGUAUAAUGCUUUGACUUGGUGGGAGCAAAUGGACAAUGGGAAGCAGCUUACUCGCAACAGGAAAUUUUUGAUGGUUGUUCCUGUUGUCUUGUAUUUGAUUGCUUCUCAUACAACAGAUUAUCGCAAUCCAUGGAUUUUCCUCAACACUAUUGCCUUCUUCGUGCUGGUCAUUGCCAAGCUCCCAAAUAUGCACAAGGUUCGCAUAUUUGGAAUUAAUGCGGAGUGACGGAUCUCAUGAAAGUGUCAAUCCCUGUACAGAUAGCCAUACCUUAGAAGAUGACUUCUUUACAGUUGGAAUUGAGCUAUAAUCUAUAUGUUGCAUAAGGUUUUACUGUGUUCUUGAAAGGUGGAAAGAGUGUUUGUGCGUGUGCUUAUGUAAAGUUGGCAUUUUCUCUUUCCUCGUAUAGGAGUACAUGUACAUAUCCAGAAUCCUGGAGGCCCACUACGAGCAUCUAAUCUUUUCCUUACCCAGGCUGGUACAUGUACAUAUCCAGAAUCCUGGAGGCCCACUACAAGCAUCUAAUAUUUUCCUUGCCCAGGCUGAUAGGAACAAAAGGAACUUUCACCAGCAAAAAAAUAGAUUAUGGCCUUUAUGGGUUUUUUUUU